UUUGUAUAGGAGUAACAACUAUAUCUUGAAAGCAUUUGCCAGAAAAAGUUUUCUUUGUUUCAAACAUGAGAACUUAAAAGAUUCUAAAAAUUUUGCUUCGGAAUCGAUUGAUAUCGGCAAUAACUUUGUACAGGAGAUUUAAGCUUACAUUUCAUUGUAUUUUUUUUUUCUUUCUAGAAAUGUGUUCCCAGGGGAGUUCACGACCACACAAUAUAUUCUGGAGAAAAAAUCCAAUAAUAUAAAAUAUUUUCUGGAUAAAAUUCUUUUUUUAUGUAAUAAAUACUAUGUAGGUACAUAUCUUAUUUACAGUAGUAGUAAAUACAAAACAAGUCUCCUCCAUGCUUAAUUUUAACCGCAAUCGAACAAUGAUCAAUUCCAAUAAAAAGCACCAUAGCGGAAGUGUUUGCGGUCUAUAAUACCGCAAAGAUUCCGACUCCCUAUGCGCAACAUUUCUUUGAUAUAUUAAACUAGCAAAAAAAUUCACCGCAAUAUAAAUAUGAGAAAAUCAACAGAUUCUAUUUUGCUUUUAUAAAUUGACAAUAAAAGACUUCCCUUAAUAGGUAGCUAGUACAUCUAAUAAGAUUUCAGAGAAUACUAUUAUUCAGAAACCGAUCUGAUUGAUUGAUAUGAGGUUUAAAGAGAAGCAUUUUCAUAACUCAACACAAAAUAUUUUAGUAUUCUGAAUAGAAGUAUAUAAAUAUCUAAAAAUCCAAGACCAAAACUGGAAUAAUUUUGAGUACAUAAUAUCUUUCUCUAAUAAAUAUUUACCAAUAAAAAAAACUUAAAAAAAAACUAAAACAAUAACAUAAAACAGGUUCUUCAAAACAAUCUCACACGCGCUCAGCUGAAUCGAAGAAUAACUUUAACUGGGCAGCAAACACAAAACGUAAACAUUAUCACUCCACCACACUCAACACAUGCCCAAUAUAGUAUAAGCUUUCAGUUUAGCCUUGGAACUUGGGCAUGAGACACAUUAUACUUUAUAAAGCAGGCAGGCAAUCUUGCCAUUUUUUUUUUGUUCUUGCUUCAAUUAAAAAAGCCCAACGCAUAAAAUAAAUCGUUCUUCAGUGAACACUCUCAUGUCAACGAAUAUUUUUUCUUAACACUAAUAAUAAAUGCACUUUGAGAGAUAGACGCAGUAAAGUGAUAUAUAAAAAUACAAUUUCAUUCAUUAUUUUAAGCAACAAAAGAAUUAGAAGAAGAAUAAUAUUUAUUUAAAACAAAAACAACAAUCCUUGCCUCUUUGCAUUCAACCUAAUAAUAUCUACGUACUAUAUACAUAUGUAAAUAAAAACCACGCUAUUAUAAACUUUUUUUUAAGUUAAAUUUAAAAGCACACGAGCGCCGCGUCGGGGUAUUGCGCUAUCAAUAAAAUAAUAACAACAACACGCCAACAAAAUAAGUGCAAAUGAUUAGUUUUAUUUCGUAAUAUAACUUUUUUUUAGUACCUAAACAAAUUUCCCCGAUUUUACGAAUAAAACAAAAAAAAAAAAACAACAAAAAGAACGCAAUCAUGUUAUACGUAUUUCACGUCGAUAUGGGCAGGAUGUUGAAGUUCGAUAUGAACGUCGCAUUGUCAAGUGUAUCCAAUUUAAAAGACACAAUAGAACGACUUCAUGGAAUAUCGGCACAAAAUAUAGUAUUACUGGUUAGUGGCGGAGAAAUGCUUACAAAAUCCACACAGGUCUCGUUUUAUUCAGCGGGCACAGAUACAAAUCCUAUAUACAUGUUCCUGAUAGGAGAUGCAAAACUACCACCUGCCAUUCCCGCAAUAGAAAAUGAUGUCGAUCUAAACGAUCAGGUAGAACGUUGUCUUACAUUACCAGCUGUUUAUGAUACUGUCGUUACUCGAGCACAAUUAGCACAACAAAUGUACGAAUUAGCACGCGAAGAAGAGAACAUCUGUGAACGAUUGGUACAUGAACAGCAUCUUCAACAGCAAGGCUGGUCCGCAGUUGUUGCCAAUAUGGAAGAUCUAACAGAAGAAUUCCGUCAACGGUUUAGAGACUUUUGUCUAUCUUUCGAUCGACAUCUGGAAAAACGUGCAGCAUACAUAGAACUUUUAAAUUACUUCUCCGAAGAUUUGUCCAAAUUAUCUCGAAUUCCAAUUUUGCCUGGACUAAUGCAAAUGGCUCAGGAAGAUUUCCAUGGGUUUGAUGAGCUAUUGGACAAUGAUGAAGUUUUCUCAAGAUCUCAACAAAAUGUUUCUGUUUUGAUGGCUCAUGAUCCGCAAAGUUCAGCUGGACAAGCGCUUGAUUCAAUUGAGUCGCAGGAUGAUGAAAAACGUGAUAGUACAUCGCCAAAUAAAAAACCCAAAAUGGGAUGCGAUGACGACAAAGGAGAUACAAUGAGCGUUACCAGUGGAGGAAGUGGGACACGACGGACUCUCACUCUUUUGCAGUGGAUAUCUGCCAAAGAAAAUCACAAUAAAUUAACAGAAAUGUCUGAGGAGUGUAUACAAGGUUUAAAUACCUUUGAUGAAGCUGUUUAUGAAAAACUGAAAGAGGAAGUCAAUCAUAUAAUUAAAAGUGCAGACCAGAGUGAUAUGAAGGAGGUAAAAGGUCUAAGUGAACGUCUAUGUAAAUUGGAAGAAAUCAAGUACAAAAUAAAGAAUAUGGUGCAAGAUCAGAAGGAACUAUCGACAGCUUUCCAACAAAAUCAAAACCGUGCAAUUAAUCUUAGAGAUGCUUCAAUACUUCCGGAUCUAUGUGCCUCUCAUAGAAGUCAGUUGUUAGUUAUGUUACAAAACCAUCAAAAAAUUCGUGAACUACGUCGUUGUAUAUCAAGAGCUAAAGAGGAGCUAGGUUCAAAUUUACACACACGUCUAAAGCGUAUUAUUGUUUUGGAGAAUAAAAUGAGUGAAUUCGAUAAUAAACAACUAUUCUAUCAUCGUUGUUUGAGACGAGCCGAACGUCAUAUCAGUAUAAUUGAACAAAUACAUCAGGCACCUUGUAUAUAUGUGGCUGCUGUAACUGAAGUUAUACGCAGGAAAAUUUUCUCAGGAGAAUUUCGUCAGUGGGCGUCCAGACUGGCUGAAGAUUUUGAUUCGAUUCAUAGUGAGGAAAUAAAUCGGAGACGGAAUUUCAAUGCCAGUUUCGAAGGACAUUUUUUGAAUAUUCUCUUCCCUGGAAUGAAUGAUAUGCCACCAGCGUUCGCCAAUGAAAAUCCAUUGAUUUUUGAUGCUAGGCUCCCAAAUUUAACAAAAAGUGAUAUUGAUAUUUUAACUUCUUAUCUACCGGAUCUAACUCAUCACAUUCAACUGCCAGACAUGGGCCCUGUUAUUAAUUUUUUUAUUUCAAGAUCUGGUAAUCACAACUCAAACAUUAAAAGUUCCUCCAUUUCUUCAACAACUAAUAAAAUACUCCAAACCAAUAUAUCUGGCCCUCUAAAUGCACAUCAUCAGCGAGUUCAAGAACUACAAUCUCAAUCAAAAGAUGGUGAAUCUGAAACAGAUACAGAAGAAUUUGAAAAGGUCAUACAGCCUGAAAUGAGUCCAACAGAUAACACCAAUCCACACCAGUCUACAGCCAGUGAUAAUGUUGUUUACCAAGUAGCCCAUAUGGCAACAUCCACAGAACCCCUACAAACGCACACCGUGGAAACUCUUACCGAGAAUGAACCUCGUCCGCCAAAAAAACCUCCAAGGCACAUUAAAAAUAACCACCAAAUUGCACUCCAUUCCCCUGCCCCAAUCAAGACAAUAACACCUGCUCUUCCACCACCAAAAAUUAACAAUGCACGUCCACCACAUCAUGAUCACGAGCAUUUAAGCACACUUUCUGUUAUUUCUGAAAAAGACACUCCCACACCAUGCGAUUCGGAUACCUAUAAUCCCAUAGCUCCCUUUCCUCUAUAUUUGGGUCACCAUAGUACUACUACUACUACUGAUCAACGAAUUACCGAACAAUUGAUAACUACCACGGUUAUAAUAAAGGAACAUAGCAUAAACACUACUGAAGAAGAUGGCGGCGAAAGUGAAUUUGUUAAUUCAGAUUUUUACAUAGACGAAUCUUUGCCCUCAAGCUAUGGCGAUACUGAUGAUGAUAAUAAUCUGAAUGCUGAAGAACUACUAUUAACGCAACAACAAACCACUGACGAUGGCAGCAACUUGUUGGACUUGGAUUUCCGUUUCAACAAAAUAAUGUCAUUUACAUAUCCAAUUCAUGAUGAUAAAAAAAAUACCAACAAAUUGCCACAUUUUGAAACUAAGGAGUCAAUGGAGACAGUGUUCGGUCUACUGCAGGAAAAUCUUGGUUCGACACGACUUGAAGUGGAACGCCUUAAAUCCAUUCUAAAAGCCAUGUCUGAAGUCUCACAGGAAUGUAUAAAACUAGCUCGUGUGAAUUUCCAACAAUUCAAAUCCGACCAGGAGAACUAUCAAAUUGAUUUGCGUAGUGAAUUUCAAAAUAUUUCCGAAAAAUGGCAGCUAGUUCAGAUGCAGUAUGAAUCUCGUGAACAAGAUAUUAUCGAAAUGCAAGCAAAACAUAGCGUAGAGGUGACAAACCUGGAAACGGCAAUCAAUAUGAAAGACAAAGAAAUUCUCGAUAUGAGAAAUGACCAACAACAAAAGGAUUUGCGACACUCUGAGCAAGUUUCUCAACUCGAGGCAAAAUGUACAGCAUUGGAAGAAAAAUACCAUUUGCUGGAGCAACAAAUGGAAUCGUUAAAUGAAAGUUUACAAGCAGCCAAUGCUGAGAAAGUAAGAGCUGUGGCCGAAGCAAGAGAGAAACUCAUUCACGAGCAUAAAUCUGAAAUUGAAUCAUUGAGAUGUCGAUAUAAAUUAAUGACCAGCAUGGAACGUUCACCAUCUGAUACUAGUUUGGAGAAGAUUGAAAAACCAGCAGACAUGAUUGAACUUGCGUGUCAUGAGACAAUUGUAUCACAAAUUCGUGAAGAUUUACGUGUGGAGAAGGAGGAAGCUAUAAAACAAGCUGUUGAUUGUGAACGUUCCAUUUGGGAAGCAAAGGCAUUGCCAUUGCCUAGAAGUUUAAAUGAAAAUAACGACAAUAAUGUGAGUGUGUUGAAAUUAAUGCUCGAUGAUAAGGAAAGAUAUAUAGAUAUGUUGCGAGAUAAAACUGCAAUGCUGACGCAAGACAAUUUGGACCUGAAAACACAACUGAGUAUUUUGACAAAUGAAGAGGUCAACAGUUGGCUUAAGGAAAAAGUAGAUUUUUUGAAUCGUGAAAAAGCACGCAUCGAGAAAGAAUUGAAUAUGGAAAAAUCUCGCCGUACGGAGAUGGAACAAUCAUUUGCUGAGCUUAGAGGAUCGGCUAUGGAAGCAAGUACUUUACCACGAUCCAAGUCUAGUGGAUCAAAUCAUCGUUAUGUUGUUCUUGAAUCCUGUUCCAAGGGUGACAUUGUAUUUGUCGUUUGGAGUAUGCGACAUUAUCAAUUUAUGGUCGUACAAGAUUCAGCUAGUUUGUACUUUGUAAAUGCAGAUAGCUUAAGUGCACUAAAUUUGCGUCUACCAGGCCCUGGCGAACUGGAGAUGCCAUCACCAUUUUACGCCUUAGGACGAGUUGUCCAUAAAGAAUAUUGUCAAGCAAGAAAGGACGAAAACCGUUAUAGAGUUAAUAAGGGCUCUAAGUUUUAUCGCAUCAAACUUGAAGCACUAUCUCGUAAUGAAUCCAAAUGGACUGGCAGACGUGAACGUCUUGAAUCGUCAUCUUCAAACGUAUCAAUUAAUCGUUCCCUUUCCCAAAACGAUUCAGGUGAGCCAUCAUCUCUAACACAUCUGAGUAUUCUGCGUGAAGCGCCGUCACAUGAUACUGUUGAUUUGGGCAGCAGCAUCAUCACCACCGCCAGCACCAGCGCAGGACUUAAAGAGCGUACCAUUAGUAUAACAAGCGUUACCGAAGAAGAUGACGAACCAAUUUCACUUCUCAGCGAUCGUUGUCGCUAUAUUAGUGUCAGCGAAGAAGAAGAAACUAAUCGAUCUGUGAUAACAGAGCAACCAACCUCAUCAUACUUUCCCCCGAUGGACAAUGCAUCUGCUUCCUUCCCAACGACUUCUGCUACCACAACUACUGUCACUGCAGUUGCCACCGCAUCUACCCCAAAAUCAACAACUGCCAGCCGCAGUCCAAUACCAAUUCAAAUAUUAGCCAACAUUGGCAGUUGCUCUUUGGAAAAAGAUACCGAUGAUUCCGAUGAAUAUCGCUCUCUUGAAGCUAAAGACGAAAAUGAAUUUCCUCCCAUGUCUCAAGAUUAAUAAUAAUUCUUAAACUACACAACUACAAUAUUUAAUUUAAUUAUCUAGCUUAACGUAGUUUUUAACUUCUUAGCAAUUAGGUAAUUUCGUAAUAAUUUUUGUUUUUUUUUCAUAUGAUUUCUGAUCUUCUCAAAAAAAAAAAGAAAAACCAACAAACCACGAUCUAGAUUUUAAGCAAAAAAAAAACAAUGUAUUAGAAUACAUUACAAAUUAUUUUUUUUAUCUUAAUUCGACUUUAUACAUUAUAAAAAAAAACAAUCGAUUUAUAAAAAAAAAAAACAAACAUUUUUGUAUGAGAGGUGAAAGAUGAUGGUUGAUGAAUUUCAAAUUAAUUGGAACACAAUCAAGUAAAUACUUGAUGAAACACUGUGUAUGAUGUUUUGUUUUAAGAUUAAAAACAAGAGUGCGUGACAUAAUUAUUAGGCGUGUUUCUUAUUACAUAGCUAUCCGCAGUGCAAAUAGAUUUCUCCUAAAACGAAUGUGAGUUUUGUAUCCGAAGGUGGAUUAAACUUCUACUUUUAUCGGCAGCUACAGGUUGUAUUUGUUCUAGUAGUUCUAACUCUACUGCGGAUAGCUUUGUCAAAAAAAAAAACAUCUCUAUUGUAUUCCCUGUAUUUGUAUUUUUACUUGACAUGACUUCAUUUUUUUAUAAUUACACAUUGCCUAGACAUUUUCUUUAUUUGUUUGCUUUUGCUAAUGCUAUAAUUGUUUUUGAUUUCAAAAUUUCAUUCGAACAAAAAAUUCUCUUUCAGAAUAAUGCUGAAAACCCAACCGGUCAUCGUAUCGGAUUAUUUACUCUUAUCGAGCCACUUAUAGCCCCUAUUCAAAUGUCUAUGGACGUCGCUAUUGAUUUAAAUUAAUUGCACACAGUAAUUUUUUCUUUUUCUUAUUUUUUUAAACAAAACAAAAUUCCUCAUUUCGCUUUUAACUCGUGAUAACCAAACAAAAUAAAUGUAGCAAAAAAAUGUUGUUUAAUCAAAAAAAGUAAAUAAAAUAAAACAAAAAAAUUUACGGAAAUAAAUCUUUUUUUUUUUCUUAAUAGCUUUACCAACAAAAUGAGAAAUGAAAAAAAAAUCAAAUCUUCACACACAAGCUAUAAUGCAUAGACCUUUUUCUAAGUAAACGCUUUCUAGAGUAUUUUAUAAAAAAAAAUAUAUAUAAUAUAUUUUGAGAAUAACGUUACAUAGAUUUUUUCUUCUAAGUUCACUUGAAAAUAGGCAAUGCAAUUUUAAGAAUUAAAAAAAAAAUAGUUUAAUAAAUGAAAAAAAAAAAAUUAAAUGCAUACAAAUAUAAUAUGUUGUUGAAAAAAAAAAAAACAAAACAAAACACAUACAUUUAUAUAAAGCAUAAUAAAUUGUGAUAUAUUAAUUGAUUUAUGGAAUGAAUGAAAUAUUUUUUGUUUGUGUUUGUUUGUAUGACAAUGAUGCAAAUUAUUUUACAUAAAUUCAGAAUAUUUGUAAAGACAAAAAUUGAAUUAAAAAAAAAAAACAAAAAGAACGGAUGAAAUGGAAAUAUUUUAUGUAUUUAUUUUUGUGACUGGCAAAGGG